UACAGAAUUUCAGGGCUGUCUGCAAAGAUUUGAAAAAUGGCAACAAAUGCAAGUAUCGGCAUCUUCAGUUCAGCAUCCUUGGCUGUAGAGUAUGUGGAUUCACUUUUACCUGAGAAUCCUCUGCAGGAGCCAUUUAAAAAUGCUUGGAACUAUAUGUUGAAUAAUUAUACAAAGUUCCAGAUUGCAACAUGGGGAUCCCUUAUAGUUCAUGAGGCUCUUUAUUUCUUGUUCUGUUUACCUGGAUUUUUGUUUCAAUUUAUACCUUACAUGAAAAAGUACAAAAUUCAGAAGGAUAAGCCAGAAUCAUUGGAAAACCAGUGGAAAUGUUUUAAAGUGCUUCUCUUUAAUCACUUUUGCAUUCAGCUGCCUUUGAUUUGUGGAACCUAUUAUUUUACAGAGUAUUUCAAUAUUCCUUAUGAUUGGGAAAGAAUGCCAAGAUGGUCUAUGCUGUUCCUAAGAUGCCUUGGCUGUGCCAUAAUUGAGGAUACCUGGCACUAUUUCCUACAUAGACUCUUACACCACAAAAGAAUAUAUAAAUAUAUUCAUAAAGUUCAUCAUGAGUUUCAGGCUCCAUUUGGAAUGGAGGCUGAAUAUGCACAUCCUUUGGAAACCCUAAUUCUUGGAACUGGAUUUUUCAUUGGGAUCGUGCUUUUAUGUGAUCAUGUAAUUCUUCUUUGGGCAUGGGUGGCCUUCCGUUUGAUGGAAACUAUUGAUGUCCAUAGUGGUUAUGAUCUUCCAUUCAACCCUUUAAAUCUCAUCCCUUUCUAUGCUGGUUCACGGCAUCAUGAUUUCCACCACAUGAACUUCAUCGGAAACUAUGCUUCGACUUUUACAUGGUGGGAUAGAAUUUUUGGAACAGACUCUCAGUUUAAUGCCUACACUGAAAAGAUGAAGAAAUUGGGGAAAAAGACUGAAUAAACCUCUGCCUAAAUGCUCUUGAAGAUACACAGUAUCCUGAAUUGAAACUAGUAGCUAAUACUGUUUCUGAAAUAAGUAUGUAUCUUGGCUGCUAAGUGGUAAAAAGAACAUUAACAACCUUUAAUUAUCUUCCUAUUGGGAACUUUUUCUACUUUACAUACAAAUCUUGUUUAUGUACAAAUAAAUAUAUAUUUAAGUAUGAUUUUCAUGAGGAAAUCUUAAAUGCCAUUUUGCUAACCUUACAAAAAGGGUUUUAAAUACUGGAAGAAGUAUUAAUCUGUCUUUUCCUCUAGUGAUGUCAUAGGUCUCAAGUUGAAAUUAGUCUUUUAAUC